AUGGGACCACCUAUCUUACAAAUGGUCAAACUUUUGUUUGACCCUGAUGUUUCUAAGAAAAUGAUCUUGCAAUUGGCUUAUAAACAAGCCAAAGCUGUUGGAUUUCUUAAAAUCUUAUCUUUCUUGUUGGGAGCUAGUAUUGUGGGAGCUUCAACUAUUAUAAAAAUCCCCCAAAUUAAGAAAAUUUUGAAUCCUAAAUUAUUAGAAGAUAGAAUCAAAGUUUCUCAAGGGUUAUCAUUAAAUGGUAUUAGUUUAGAAACUUUCAAUUAUUUAAUUCAUGUUCUUUACAAUAGGAAUAAUGGGAAUCUGUUCUUGGGAUAUGGAGAGGUGGCAUGUUUAGGAGUUCAAAACGUUGUUAUUAUGCUUUUGAUUAAUUAUUACGAGAAGAGAGCCACAUUAGAGAACACUACUUUAAGUGACAAACAGAAAAUUAGAGAAUCUUUAGGUGCUUUAGUUAACCCAAUUGGUAUUAUCGUAGCUAUCGUAGUUUUGUUUGAUAAGAUUUUACCUCAUUCAGUAAUCAAUGGGUUACAGGUAUUGAACAUUCCUUUGUCAAUUAUUUCGAAGUUGCCACAAAUUCAAAGAAAUUACUAUUUGAAAUCUACCAAACAUUUAUCUAAUAUUACUGUUACAGCCAAUGUAUUAGGUUCACUUUCCAGAGUUUUCACUACAGUUCAAGAUUUUAACAAAUUAGGAAGAGAUUAUGUCUUAUUGACAGGUUAUAGCGUGUCUUUCAUUCUCAAUUCCGUUGUUGCUGGUCAAUGUUAUUACUACUCUCAACCAGAAUUUCAAUCGGAAUCCGAAAAGAGAGAUUAA